AUGAAGCGCCCGCGAGGUCGCCCGCGCAAACACCCGCCCAAGGAACCCGCGCUUCCAAAGCGCAAGCGCGGACGGCCCCGCAAGGACUCGGGGGUGCAGGAGGUGCUCGGCGGGCGGGUGGCGGAGGACUCGAGCACGCCGAAGCGGGGCCCGGGACGGCCGCCGAAAGACCCGACGCUGCCAAAGAGACGGCCGGGGCGGCCACCUAACGACUCAGCUUCACCAAAGCGAAAGCCGGGACGGCCGCCGAAAGACCCCAGUCUGCCAAGGCGAAGCCCCGGUCGGCCGUUGGGCAGCCAGGCGGGUCAGAGCGAGCCGCCUGCCGCCCCCAGCUGUGC